AUGCUCCCUUUACGUAACGAAGAAAAAGCAGCACUUCUUCUUGCUGUCGACGAUGAUCACGACGAUGAAGAGACUCAUCAUGACAUGACCACUUCAUCAUCAACACAUACAAACGAUCGUUUUCCCGUUGUCACCAAACGACCACGAACCUAUCAUCGUCAUCGAUCAGCCACUUCACAACCGAUCCUCUGUUUUUUCUUUAUCCUCGCAGCUUUUCUCCUCGGAUCUGCAAGUGCCGUUGUCAUCAUGCUCUAUCGAAUGUCUCAAGAUGCUGAAGGUAGUCGACCAUCGAUCCCAAACAUCAACCAACAACGUUUCAAUGUUGACUUAUCUAUCCAAACAAAGCUGUCGGAAUCUCUCACAACCAGUGACUUUGUCAAUGUGAGUUCAGUCGAUAAUGAAGAUAAUGCUGCAAACAAGUUAUUUGACAUCUGGCGAUCGCUUUCGCCAUCGUUGGAUCGUGUGAAUAAGUUUUCGUAUGAUGUUAUGUUGUCCAAAUAUGUAGAAUCGUCUCAGUGGAAUGGCAUUCAAUUACUGGAUGGUCGAAACGAUACAGAACUUCUCAAGAUUGAUCGCUUGCCAACGAAUGAACUCAUCUCAUUUUCAUCGUUACUGAAGUCGGGAACAAUUGAUGGCAAAUUCGUGUAUUAUGUGAACUAUGGGCGGCAAGAAGAUUUUGCUCAUCUGUUUAGCAGUGGUAUUUGGGCCACCAAACGGGCAGAAUCGAUUAUUUUUAUGCGACGACGAUCAUCGAUUAUUUCUCAGACUGAACAGAUUCAUCAAGCAAUCUAUUAUGGUUUUGGUGGUUUAGUUCUCUUCGAUGACCAUGUUAAUCAGCAGAUAGCAACCAACAAUCGACAUACAUUUUUCGAAGAAUGGAGACGAUAUUUAGCUAUGCAGGACCGUGAUGACUAUCUGAAUGGAAGAAUGAAGAAUACCGGUCAUUCGAUAUGUGUGUUGACUCUUUCCUACGACGACGUUCAACGUAUCUUUGGCUCUCUUCAACCUGAUUCAAAUCAGUGGCCAACAUCUCCACUCGAAUGGCACAAUCAAUCUACACCAAUGAAGAUCGGUGGACCACUCACAACUAUUAAACUCAGACUUGUUGUCAACAUGCAACAAGUUAAAGUAGAGCUACCAAUCGUCAUGAGUUCGAUUCGUGGUUCGAUCGAUGCUGAACAUUUUGUCAUGAUUGGACAUCAACUCAACUCAGCUCAACAAAAUCAUAUUGUCAAUCAAAUCGUUCAAACUUAUGUCAAUCAGAUGAAAAAUGGAUGGAAACCAAAACGAUCGAUUUUAUUCUGUGGUUGGUCUGGAUUGAGCUAUGAUCGAUAUGCAGUUCGUCGAUGGAUUUCAGAGAAUUCUCUUUUGAUUGAUCGACAUAUGAUUGCUUAUCUCGAUUUGGGUAAUGAUAUCAGUGGUAAUUCCAUUCUAAAUCUACAUGGAUCACCAUUGUUGGAACAGAUAGCAUUUCGUGCUGCUAAUUAUGUUAUUAGUCCUCUCGAACAUAAUCGCACAUGUCAUCAUCGAGAGAUGACAACAACGAUGACAAAUGAAGAGAAUCAUCAUCAUGAUCACAAUCGAAGACGACGACAAGAUGGUGAUAGUCAUGGUCAUGAACAUGAGAUGAAAACAAAACAAGUAGAAGAAGAGAAAUGUGAACAACAUAAAUUGUUAGAUGAAUGGAUAAAAGCAAAUCGAAAUCGAAGUUUAGGAAUUGUACAAAGUAUUGAUGUUGAAUCAUCAGCAUCAAUAUUUUUACUGGAAUAUGGUAUUCCAUCAAUUGUAAUCGAAAUGACAAAUGAAAAGGGUUUAUCAAAGGAUACAUUUUAUGUUGAUCAUGAACGACUUACAUUUUCAUAUGAAAAUAUUCAACCAGAAGUAUUUGUUGCGUAUACACAAUUCAUUAUCGAAUUCAUUCGACAGUUAAUCGAUGAACCAAUGAUUUCAUUCAAUUUAACAAAUUAUGCUGAUCAACUUGAUAAAUUAGUACCAGAUUUUGUUGAACAUCAUAAGAGUGGAUAUGAAUCUGUCGCUUAUCAUAUUGGUGAAUCAAAAGUGUUUAUGAAAAUAUUAAAUGAAUUAAUAAAAUCUAUUCGACAAGUUCAAUUACAUAUUGAUGAAACAUCAAAAACUGAUUAUUUUCUAUUACAACUUGUCAAUGAACAAUUAAUUGAAUUCGAACGUUUAUUUAUCAGUAAGAAUCAAUUAUAUGGAAUGAAUUCAGAAAAUAAAAUCUUUAAACAUAUUUUAUUUGGUCCAGUGAUUGGUUUAACAAAUACAAUUGUUCCAUUUCCAUUAUUAUCUAAUAUUAUUUAUGGAUUACCAGGUGAUCCACCUACUGAACUUUGUGAUGCUUCACGAUUUUAUUGGUUGAAAUUAAAGGAUCAUAUUUUACUUGUGAAUCGAACAAUAAAUGGAUUUGAUGGACUUUUAACAAAACACAACUAA